UUCACAAAUCGCCAUCUGUCAAACAUGAGUAUAAUAUUAUGUAGACUUUAUUUAUGUAUUGAAUGGAUUUGAGGAAAAUUCUUCUUCUUUUCGAGUGUUUUUCACCAACCAGUCUUAUCAAUGUGUGGCACUUUUAUGGAUAAAAGAUAAAAACAAUUGAAGUAAUGUAAUUGAAAUUUCAGUCAAUAAAAGUUCAAUUAAAUUGUGCAGUCAUGUUGUCUUGAUUAUUUUUCUGCGAGUUCAAAUCGACGUUACUGACUGGAAAUCAAAUAUCGCACUCGUGUGACUGUUUACCCAGGAUAUUUAUUUAGGGAUGUGAUUUAGUUUAAUUAAGAGAACCUUCAUAAGUACCGAGGUGAACAAACCUUGGAAUUAGAGAAAUAAAUAAUUUCAGAAGCUCAAAUUUUAUGUUAUUAUUUCAUGUCAUUUUGUGCAUAGUUUAAGUUAUAAAGCAUGGAAUUAGAAGAAGCAAAUUUUCAUAGUUGUAAAGCAGUGUGCGAGCUGUGCCCAGGUGACCAAAUUGGCACAUUCUCAGCGGUGGACUAUGUCCUUUUUGCUGCAGUCCUUGUCGUAUCCGCCGGGAUAGGAGUUUUCUACGUCGUGAAAGAAUAUCUAAGUGUGAGAAAUGCAACCGCUGAUGACGUUUUAAUGGGAGGACGAGAUAUUGGUAUAUUUCCAAUAGCCAUGAGUUUAAUGGCCAGUUUUAUGUCGGCGAUUACUGUUCUUGGGACGCCGACGGAGAUGUAUAACAACAAUACAAGUUACUGGAUUGCCGGGCUGGCAAUGAUUCCGACGGUGAUCACAACGAAUCACGUUUUUCUACCGUUCUUUCAUGACCUUAGUCUGACUAGUGCGUAUGAGUAUCUUGAACGAAGAUUUAAUAGAGCGACAAGAGUUUGUGCAUCUCUCAUAUUUAUUCUUAAUAUGUUACUGUAUAUGGGUGUGGUCCUUUAUGCUCCAGCACUUGCCUUAAACCAAGUGACAGGCCUAUCGUUGGAACUAUCUAUUGUGUCAAUAGGAAUUGUGUGUACAUUCUACACGGCGCUGGGUGGUCUGCGAGCAGUUGUAUGGACGGACACGUUUCAAACAUUUGUAGUGAUGGCAGGACUUAUUGCUGUGACAGCCCAGGGCUCUAAAGACCUUGGUGGAAUUGAUAACGUCUGGAAUAUAGCGUACAAUGGAGGCAGAAUCUUCUUUUUGGACUGGAGUGGUGACCCGACUACACGUCAUUCAGUAUGGGCUCUUUUGAUUGGUUCAUUCGUAGGUCAGCUGACUAUUUAUGCUGCCAAUCAAACCAUGAUACAAAGAUACUUGGCCAUCAAAGAUCCAAGAAAUUCACAAAAGGCACUGUAUCUCAGUCUCCCACUAACUCUGAUACUCUCCACUCUGGUGUGUGUUGUUGGGAUAGUUAUCUAUGCAACAUACCAUUCCUGUGAUCCAUACAUUCUUGGACAUGUCCAUGCCCGAGAUCAGUUAUUGCCCUUCCUGGUGAUGGACAAGCUGACCUUUCUACCCGGUUUAUCGGGCCUGUUUGUCGCCUGUAUAUUCAGCGCUUCUUUGAGUUCCAUAUCAUCCGGACUGAAUGCUUUGGCUAUAGUGAUAUUGGAGGACAUUGUUAAGAUAUUCUGGGAAAUGAUGGAUAUAGAACCAUCGCCUACCACAAUUGCAAGACUUGCUAAAUUACUAGGAUUACUCUGUGGAGGAGUUGUAAUUGGUGUGGCUUUCAUUUCACAGUUCCUUGGGCAAACAGUUUUACAGAUAAUGUUGAGUAUAUUUGGUAUGGUAGGCGGCCCUUUACUAGGACUGUUUAUCUCGGGUCUCUUCAUUCCGUGGAUUAAUGAAUGGGGUGCUUUAUGUGGCCUUAUUGUAAGCGCGGUGCUGACUUUCUGGGUCGGGGUUGGAGGGACUGUCCUCGUACCACUACCUGAAAUUAAACAUGUAAGCGCUGACAUGUGCUUAAAUUUCAAUACUACAUGUGGUGCUCAAACAAUAGCGAAUAAUCUCACGUUGACUGAAAAUAUGACGUCAUCAACCAUAUUAACGACGACGAUGUCUACGUCACUAGGAAUAAAUGGAACAACGUCCAUGUCGUCUCAGAUAGAUGAUGACAGUUUAUGGAUUUACCACCUAUCGUACCUCUGGUAUGCUUUGUUUGCUGUCCUUAUUUCUUUAAUCACAGGAACUAUUGUAACAAUAAUCACAUCUAUCCUUACAGAUUUUAACGACCCUGACAAUGUUGAUCCAACAUUGAUACACAGAGUGGUAGACCGUGUAUGCUGCUACCUGCCAAUGUGUUGCAAAAGAAUCCAUAGAUUCGAAAUGGAGAAACCAGGAAGACGAGAGCCAUACAAUGUUAAAUUAGAAAAGUCUGUUUAUGUAAAUGCCAGUUUUGAACCAGGAAAUGACACUGGUCUGCGCAUGACACACUUACCAAAUGGAGGACAUCCGUCAGCGGAAAUUGUUGAAGAUGGCACUAAAUUAUGACGUUUAUAAUUUUGAAUUAAUGUAUAUUAUACACAUGUAGCGCGUUAAGUAUUUGAAAUAUACCUUGUAUACUGAAUUUGAAUUUUAUGAAAGACAAAACGCUGCAUUGCUGAUACAUGUAUCAGGAUUGCUUUGCUUUCAUUCAGUAAAUUUUAAAUUUUGUGUAAAUGUGAUAUAAAGUGUUAUCAAAAAGUGAUGCGUGAAACUUUAGACGAAAUAAUU